AUGUCCGCUAUUUCGGUACCACAGACCACCGGAAAUGUACCAAAGGCCACCGGAAAUGUUCACAGACCACUGCUCCAAAAACCACUGGCAAUGUACUACAGACCACUGGAAAUGCAUCAAAGACCACUGGUAAUGUACAAACAAAGACCACUGGUAAAUGUAUCACAGACCACUGGAAAUGCUCCAAAGACCACUGGAAGUGCUCCAAAGACCACUGGAAAUAUAUCACAGACCACUGGUAAUGCUCAUGCACUAAAGACCACCGGAAAUGUUCCACAGACCACUAGUAAUGCACUAAAGACUACUGGUAAUGCACCAAAGACAACCGGAAAUGUACCACAGACUACUGGAAAUGCACCAAAGACUACCAGAAAUGUAAAUCGAGGUUAG